AUGGCAUUUCCUCUUGAUAGUGCCCAUUUAAUAUCCCAUUUGAGGAGUUCAUAUUUAGUACUGUUUGAUGGGGAUACUGAUAUAAGGUCAAUGUUAGGACCUAAUGAUGAUGAUCCGGACGGUGAAAUUUAUAAAGAUAUUUUUGACAAAUUGACUAUACUGACAUCACCACCUAUAAGUUUGAUUAUUGAAGAUAAGUUUGAUAAUCGAAUUGCCAGAUCUAAAUCUACUAAAAGAAGAAGUAGGAUACGAAAACGGAAAUCUAGAAUUGAUAAACAUCCUUCAAUUGUUGAAGAGAAGGAGGAUUCACAUGAUGAAACAUUGAAAGAUAAUAUUCAAAAUGAUCGAGAAGAUGAAGAAAACGAUGAAGACAAAAUUGAAGAUGAUAAACCGAAAGAAUUAAAGUAUAGUCAAACCAUUAAUCCACGUAAAGUAAAGAAUAAUAUCAUUAGACUAUUUCAAAAGGAACAUGAUGGGAUUGAUAGUGAUGGUAGUGAUGAAUCAGUUAAGACUACCAAAUUGGCUGACAUUGAACAUAAUGAUGUCAUAACUGAUGAUGAGAAUGAUCUCCUCAUAACUGACGAAGAAUUGGACAGUGACACAACGCAAAAGUUACCUCAUGAUAGUCCCAAUGAGAUCGUAACUUUAGACAGUAAUGCAGUUUCUUUGGAUAGUGAAAAAAGUUUUGAUCCCGAUAUGACCCUCGAUAGUAAGGAAUCAUUAGGAUUCAGUGAUGAAGACGAUGAUGAAGAUUAUGAUUAUGAAGAUGAUGAGUUUGAAGAAGAUUUGUCUUCGAGUGAUUCGGCAUUUACUGAUAUCGAAGCUGACUCCAUAUUAGACACUUCUUUAUUACUUGAUGACUCGUUCGAUACUGCUGAUUAUUCUUAUGGCAAACAUAAUGAUAAAUAUCGAAAGAAGAAACCACGAGUCAAUUCCUUCGGAUUGAAUAAUUCAAAAGGAUCAUCAACUUUCCCCAAUACGGCUCCCACAAAAGAGAAAUUACAUCCUUCAAGUUCAAGUUCUUCACUUAAGGUGUUGAAGAAACCUGUUUUGGAAUUCGAUAAAAUUACACCCGUUAAAGAAUCUAUCGGGGCUUCAAAUUUGUCAUCAUUACUUCAAUCACGUAAUAAAUCUGUAAAUACCAAUCCAUUGUAUUAUUAUUCCUUUGUUGAAUCCAAUUCAUCUGUGAAAAUCAAUAUUUUUGUUCCACCAAAGACAAUUUCCACCAUUAAUGAGUUGGAAAUUAACCCUAAUUCUUCCGUAUCUGAUUGCAUUGGAUACAUAUUAUUGAAAUUGAGUGCAUUGCCUGAGUUCAAAGAUGAAGAUGAGUUUGAAUUUCUAGACCCAAAUUAUUGGAGAUUGGAACUAGUUGACGAAGAUGGAGAAAAUUAUGGAUCAUUUGGAAUUUUAGAUAGAACAAGAUUGUUUUCAAGUUAUAAUAAUCCUAAAGAAAUAGCUAUCUGUAAAGUUGAAGACGAAAAAGAAUAUAAAAAGAAUCAAACUCAAACACCCUUGGCUAGUGAGUUCAGACAAAACUUAUUGGCUUAUAGACGUAAACGAUUGCUUGCUGAUGAAUUUAGUCAGACAUCUGAUGAGCAAGUCACUGAGCCAGCACCUCAAUUGAUACAAUUAUUUAUUAAAUCACCCAAUGGUCAAAGAACUGCCGUUGAGUUUGAUUCCAAAUGUACCGUUAAAGAGGUUUUGUAUGAUUUCUGUUCUCAGCUUAAUUUGAACCCCACAAAUUAUAAAAUCAGAUUAGUUAUGCCAGAUAUGAAAACUCAUUUGAACGAUGAUACUGAUGACAUUUUAACUUUGAAAGAAAACUCUGAUCUUAUUAAUGAUACCAGAUCAAAUAAGAGGAUAUUGGAUAAUGAAGAGUUAAUCAAAGAUGUAGAAUCCUCAUUUUUUGAGUUGGUUCCUAAUAAAGGAGGACCCAUAUUUUCGUUAUUAAGUCCUCAUGAAGGAUUAAACGAACUUGAUAAUACAAUAUCUCCUGUCAACAUUGAUUUGAUAACUCCACCUAAAAUGCAUAAUGAGUUAUCAACCAUAGAUUCUGUUGUCAAAGCCAAGAAACCUCAAGAAUCAAAGAAACCAGAGAAGUCUGGAACUUCAAAGGCAGCUGUUGAUUCCAGUGGAUAUUUCGAUGAACUCAUAGGACUUAACGGUAAUUUGUUUGGUAAUAAUGCCAGAUAUUUCACUUGGAAAGUGUGGAGAAAGAAAACUACAAUUUUAAAUAAACUUGAAAAAUCAUUAAUUAUUGAUGGUGAUUAUAUAAGAUUACAACCACCUGAAGAUAAAGCAUAUCUCAAAAAUCCCGAUGAUAAUCCUUUCCUUCAAGGACAAAGUCAAAGUCAAUCACAUCACCAUCGUCAUUUAUAUCAAUAUAAUUACUCAAACUAUUAUAAUAGUUCCAUGAUGAAAACCAGUUCUUUCCAUAUAAGUCAAAUAGUUAAAUUGAAGCAGUACAAGAAUAGUAAGAAUCCUAAUCAUUUUAAAAUUGUCAUCCAAAAGCCGGGUAAAGAUUCAACAAAUAUUAAGAAAAAGUAUGAUUUGGAAGCAGUAGAUGAAACUGAAUGUCAGGAAAUCUUUGAUAAAAUCAAAUGGGUAUUAAAUUUAUAUAAUUCUGAAAUGACCCAUAUGAAGAUAUGA